CACACUAACCUGAAGCAGGCAUGUUGUCCUUCAGUUAGAGACAGAGCUGACAAACUGUUUAUAAAUUAUAUAUAUUUACACAUUUAGUUUAUUUUUAUUUCAUGUUGUUGUAGAAAUAUUCUUCUGAAUGGCGACCAGGUCCGCGUGUCGAGCUCUCGAGCGCCGUUUUGCGUCUGCUGCUGCGGCGGCGGCGGCGGCUGCUGCUGCACGUCCGUUGGUCGCGGAGGUGCGCAGCCAGCGCAACGCCGUCUUCUCCAGAGAGCAGGCCAGGCAGAGAGCGCUGUACCCCCGCAUCGAGAAGAUCGAGGUGUCCAUGCAGGGCCCGGGGCUGGACGGUACACUGCUCGUCAUGAACAGAGGGAUGUCCACGCCGCUGAGCUGUGCCAGACAUCUGACGGAGUAUCAUGUGAACAACUCGGUGCUGGCCCUGGUGGACGGGGAGCCUUGGCCUCUCCACCAGCCCCUCACCGACUCCUGCUCGAUGACUCUGCUCACCUUUAAAGACAGCGACCCGACGCUGGCCAACCAGGCCUACUGGCGUUCCUGCGCCGCCUUGCUCGGUCAGGUGCUGCAGACUGCGUUCAAGGACGACUAUACCGUGGAGCUGCUCAGCACACCUGAGGUGCCAGUCACUUCAGGAGCCUUCUGCUGCGAUGUGGCCCUCGACCCUCAGCUGGAUUCAUGGACUCCCUCUGAGGAGUCGUUGCGGUCUCUGACCAAAGGGGCCCAGCAGCUGAUCCACAAGGACUUGCCCUGGGAGCCUCUGGAGGUGGCGCCCUCUGUGGCGCUGGAGGUCUUCUCACACAGCAGGUGUAAACAGGAAGAGGUGGAGGAGAAGGCAGCGCAGCAUCCCAAAGGCAGAGUGACGCUCUACAGAUGUGGUGACCAUGUGCUGCUGAGCGCAGGCCCCCUGGUGGCCAGGACGGGCCUGUGCUCCCAGUACGAGGUGACGGCCCUCCACAGCCUGGGACAGGGACCCUGGGGCCUCCACCGCCGAGCACAGGGCCUCUCCCUGCCCCUGCAGCUGCAGGCUCACCACACAGUCUGGAGGAAACUGAGGCAACGGGCAGAGAAGCUGGUUGAGGUGUCACGACUCGAAGAAGCAGCUCCACCCUCUCCUCCUGACUCAACUCCACCUCCGACCAGCCAGUAACGACCUGUGUGUAACCUUCCACACACACAUACACACCUUGACAUGUAUCGGAUGUAUUAUUUGUUCAAUAAAUGUGCAUAAAUACUCAC